AUGACGAAUAUUGUGACAACAACAGCAGAAGAGGGUUUAGGUCAACGGUAUCGUUCUAUACAAAAUUUUAUUCUCGUAUGGCUCGCUCCAGACAUUGACGAUACUAGCGCGAUAUACAUUGACUUAACCAAACAAUUAAGAAGAAUAGCAAAUCCAGUUGAAAAAUUCACUGAUCCUGAUGAAUGUAUUGACUUUAUUACCGAUAUACGACAAUUAAAAUCAUUUCUAAUUAUCUCAUAUUCUUAUGCUUGUCGUAUAAUGCCUUACAUUCAUGAUAUACGGCAAUUAGAAGCGAUCUACAUCUUUUCUCAAGAUAUGUCAUAUCACGAAGAGUCGAUGACGCAUUGGCCUAAAGUGAUUGGGAUCUUUCGUCACGUUACUUCGAUUUGUGAAUCAUUGAAAAUAUUCAUACGUCGUCGAGAUGAAGAUAAACUCACUGUAAGUAUGGCUUCAAUUGAAGAUAUCGAUUCUAAUAAACAUUUGCAUGAACUUAAUCAAUCAUUUAUGUACACUCAAUUAUUAAAAGAAAUUAUUCUUGAUUUGAAUUAUGACGAAAGAUCAGUAAAAGAUUUGACUCACUACUUGCGUGAAGAAUAUGGAGAUAAUGAAUAUCAGUUGAAAUUUAUUACUGAAUUCGAAGGAAAUUAUUUCAAAGGAACACCUAUUGAGUGGUAUACACGUGAAACUUUUUUGUAUCGGAUGCUCAAUUAUGCUUUACGUAUACAAGAUGUUGAUUGCAUCAUUAAGAUGGGAUUUUUUAUACGAGAUCUACAUAAUCAAAUUAAGCAACUGCAUGCUGAACAAUAUCCAGUUGGAAAAACACGACUUUUCACUGUUUAUCGUGGACAAGGUAUGUCAUGUGCGGAUUUUAAGAAGUUACAAAAUUCAAUAGGUGGCCUUAUAUCAUUCAACAACUUUUUAUCUACUAGUGAAGAUUAUCAUUUCUCUUUCGCAUUUGCAGAAAGUCAUCAGGAUCACUCCGAUUUGACUGGAAUCUUAUUUGAAAUAACAAUUGAUACAACAAAAACACGGGUUCCAUUCGCCGAUUUACACAAUACAAGCUAUAUGAAAGACGAAUAUGAGAUCUUAUUUUCAAUGCAUACUAUUUUUCGCAUUUGCAAAAUCGAACAACUUAGCGAGAACAACAAGCUUUGGAAAGUACUCUUAGAAUUAACAGCAGACAACGAUGAACUCUUAGAAAAAUUAACUAAACACAUGAGAGACGAAAUUCAAAAUGACGACUCAAAGUGGCAUCAACUAACCGCAUUAUUGGUCUUAGUAGGUCAAUUUGAUACAGCUGAACAAUUCUACAAGAUGCUACUCGAUAGAGCCGAGAUCGAGUCUGAAAAGGCGCAUACGUAUAAUAAAUUCGGCUUAUUAAAAACUACCAUAUGUCAAUACACAGAAGCUUUGUCGUUUUAUGAUGAAGCACUUGACAUCUACAGAAGAUUAGUGCCUUUAAAUCAUAAGAAUUUCGGUUCUAUAUAUAACAACAUCGCUAUGACGUAUAACGGAAUGGGAGAGUAUGAUAAAGCAUUUUCAUUUCAUGAAAAAUCCAUCGAAAUCUUUGAAAAGCAGCUUCCUGCAGAUGAUCCAUCUUUGGCUGAUGCAUAUAAUAAUAUCGCUAUGGUAUACGAAAACAAAGGAGAGUAUUCCAAAGCCUUGUGUUUUUUCGAAAAAUCGUUUAACAUACGACAAAUGAUACUUCCCUCAAAUCAUCCGUCAUUGGCUAAUUCAUACAAUAAUAUCGCAAUGGCAUACUACAAAAUGGAAAGAUACUCAGAAGCAAUUUCCUUCAUCGAAAGAACACUUUUAAUCGAACAAAAUACAAUGCCUCCAAAUCAUCCAUCAUUGGCUAUUUCAUAUGGUAACAUCGCUGUAAUAUACGAAAGAACGAAGCAGUACUCUAAAGCAAUUUUCUUUCUUGAAAAAUCUAUUGAAAUAUUGGAAAAAUCAUACGGCCCAACGCAUCAAGACUGUUACGAUUCGUACACUUUCAUGGCUGAUAUUUAUAAACAAAUGAAAGAGUAUUCCAGAGCACUUUCUUUCUAUGAAAAAUCUCUUCAAAUUCAACAAAAACUAGUUCCUUCCAACCAUGCUAAUUUAGUCUUUUUGUACAAUGGCAUUGCUCAUAUAUAUAUGGAAUUGCAUGAGUACUUGAAUGCGCGUCUUUUCUUCGAAAAAUCGAUUCAAAUCCUGGAAGAAAAACCAUCUCAAAACUAUCUCGUAGCGGCUAGUUUGUACAACAAUAUAGCUUGCACAUACAUUCUUGUGGAACAGUAUUCGGCAGCACUUCCAUUUCUUGAAAAAUCACUUUCAAUUCAUCAACGAAGACUCUGCCCCGAUCAUCCUGAUUUGGCUACUUUAUACUACCAUAUUGGUUCUUGUCAUAGACUAACGAACCAACAUUCGAAAGCACUUUUAUUUUAUGACAAAUCACGUCUAAUUCGUGAAAAAAUACUUUUUCCAUCUCAUCCUCAUCUGGCUACAUUAUACACUGAUAUUAGUCUUAAAGCAUUCAAAUGUCUUUUCAAUGGAGAUCAAUGUGUCAUUGAUUAUCGAAUAAGUCGAAAAUGUUAUCGAUGUCGAUUAAAACGAUGUUUAAAUAUGGGAAUGAAGAAAGAAUUACUUCUAAGUCAAGAAGAAAUUCAACGACGAAAACAUGUUGGAAUAAAGCGAAUACCAGCAAAUUUCAAUAUAAAAUCGACUCCACCAAUGUUAGAAGAAGAUAAACUAUUAGUUAAUAGGAACCAGGAGGAUAUAUUAUUAAAAUCAUUAGCUUUGCAGGAAACAACAUUGAUUGAACGAAUUCGAUCAACAUUUUUGUCGAUUUUUGACAAUGAUCAAUGCACAGAAUUUACUGAUCGUGUUGUUUCACCCGAUGAUGCUUCAGAAUUAAUCUGUUGUUUACAAUUUAAUAAUCACGUUGCUCUUCGUCUCAUUAAGUUCUGUCGUUCUAUUGAAUAUUUCGAAGGUUUACAUGUAGAUGAUCGCUUUAUAUUGAUUAAAUACAAUACUCUUUUUCUUUCUGGUAUUUUGUCGUGUCAUCGAAGGAAAUCAACAAGUCAUUUGUCGCCAUACACGAAAUAUGAAGAAGAACUGUUUCAACGUGAACUUUACAUAUUAUGUAAUAAAUCAGAUGCGAUGCUGGAGAUGAUUGUAAACUUAUCAAACUGUUUCAUUGAAGUUAUUCAACAUGAUGAAAUAUUCUUAUGCCUUCUUCUGAUUAUUUUUCUAUUUUCGAAAGGUUUAUCAAUGAGUGAAAAUGAACCGACACUUAACGAUUCACUAUCUGCCUAUCGAGCUCAAGCAUAUUAUACAAAGUUAUUGUGGAAUUAUUUGAUGAAUAAACAAACUGAAACAAAUACGUAUGAAUAUUUCAUUAAAAUAUCGAUUAUUAUUUGUCGAGCUCAAACGACUGUAAUGAAAUUUAAAGAAUUUCUUUGUAAUCAAAUGGUGACUGUGGAUGCUAUCGAUGACAUUGCACCGCUUAUGCAAACUAUUCUACAUAUUUCUUAG